AAGUAACAAAAAAAAUUAUUACUUUCCUCACAAAAAACCUUUCUACUUUUUAGCCCUAUCUUUGCAAAUUUUUACUAUAUUUAUUUUAACAAACAGAAAAUCAUAAUAUUUGCACAUUUUUCCGACGAACUUGACACUGGGCUGGUGGGAGCGGCCCGAUUCUAAAUUUAGCUUCACUCGCAACCUUCGAUCGACUUCGGACGAAUGACUACUCAGAAAACCCAGAACAAAAACGCUCCUAGUUUUUAAUACACUAUUCGUUAAUUAACUAACAAUCUUCCACGUACCACCAAGAGCUUCCGCGCCUUCAAGUGCAACAUUACGCAACCCCGCACUCCAAAAUGCCUCCCGACUGCGACGACCUCGAGGACCUCCCCAACACCAUCAACGUCCUCCUCAUGGGCGAAACCGGCGUCGGCAAAUCCACCUUUAUCAACUCCUUCGCCAACUACAUCCGCUUCUCCACGUUCGCCGACGCCACAAAAACCAAACCCCUCAUGCUCAUCCCCACCCGCAUCACCGUCUACGACGAGAACUCCAUGGAGGACUGCAGCCUGACCAUCGGCUCCGACAAGAACGAAAAGCAGGACGUGGGUUCGUCGGCGACACAGGGCGUCAAAACCUACUUGUUCCCGGUGGAGAGCGACAACGUGGUCAUCCGGGUCAUAGAUACUCCAGGGAUCGGCGACACGGCGGGGCCGGACAAAGACGAUCAAAACUGCGAGGGAAUCCUGGGGUAUUUGGCGCAGCUAAAUAAAAUCAACGCCAUUUGCUUGCUGAUGAAACCGUCGAAUGAUCGCAAUACGGUGCUCUUCAGCUACUGCGUCAGGAGGAUUUUGUCGCAGUUGCACAAGAGUGCGUGCGAUAACGUGGUUUUUCUGUUCACUAAUACCAAAGGGAGCGACUACAGGCCUGGGGCGACGUUCGCGAUUUUGAAGAAGUUGGCAGACGAUGUGGCUGCGAAGCCGCCGCACGUGAGGAUUCCCAUCAAGAAAGAGAACGUUUUUUGCCUGGAUAAUGAGAGUUUCAAGCAUUUGUUGGCGCUGGAGUACGGCGUGGAGUUGAAUGAGAGGACGCUGGAGAGUUGUAAGAUCAGCUGGAAGAUUUCCUGUGAGGAAAUAGUGAGGUUUAUCAAGUACAUCCGGAAAUUGGACCCCCACAACGUCAAGCAAACCGUCAGCGUGAACAAAACCAGAGACCUCAUCCUACAACUAUCUAAACCGCUGUCAGACAUCUGCCAACUCCUCCAAGAGAAGAUCAUAAACCUAAAAACCAAAGAAGAAGAAUCGAGUAAAGCAAACCAGACGAUCGAAGAACUCAAAAAGAGCCUGUACAAGCCAGGUCUAGACCUCGAAAUUAUCAAAAUGGACCGCUCUGCUACAGUUUGCACAAACCUGAGCUGCAUACAACCCGUCCAGGUCGGGAAUACCACAAAGUUCAUUUACAAAAAACGCUGUCACGACCCUUGUCUGCUCGGCUACCUUACGUACGAAAUCAUAGGCCACUGGAGUCUCGUGACUUGCAGCGAAAUGACAUUUAGUUUUUUCCCCGAAUGUAAACAUUGCAAGUGCUCUUAUAAGAAACACAUGACUAUCUUCUACGAUACUAAAGUCGUUGAAAAACAGAUGGUGGACGAAGACGUCCUGUCGAACAUUCAGAGUGAAGAGAAGCAGCGCGAGAGGAUAGAAGCGUUGAUUGGAGAAAUCAAGCAGGAGAAGAAGGAGCUCGAGAAGGAGCUGGAGUACGUGAGCGAGUGUGCCGCGAAGUUCGCCUACUUCCUUGAGAAUAAUGCGAUAACGUCGUCGUACGACAACUUCAAGGAGUAUAUUUUUUUGUCGCUUCAAAGGCAGAAGAGUCUCGGGAAUCAAGCCAAUAUGGACGUCGUCGUGAACUUGACAGAGCUUUUGCGCCGUCACGAAAAUCUGAUCAAAGCUAUAAGUGAAAAUCAGGCUCGUGUAAACGCGGAAAAAAUUACCGAAGAGAGUAUCUAUCGGGAUGCCGAAAGUCUGUUCAAGCUGAAGCAUAUGGGGCCGAAGAUUAAGGAAAUUUUUGAAGCGAGGGCUAGUUGUGCCAAAAAAGGGUUCAAAACUGGGCUGAAGUCGAUAUUUACCGAAAAGAUACCAAACUGGUUUAUGAAUUAGAUUUUGCAAUUUUACUUUUUAUACACCGCCUUGAAAUAUUCGCAAAACCACUUUAAAAAACUAAAAUGAAUAAAUAUUUCAGGGUGGCCGGGUUUUUUGCCCGUCAGUAUGUUUAUUGUAUUUGAUUAUUUUUAUACUGUCUGUGCUAACAUGUAUUAAAUUUUGUAAAAGACCUACUCAGUGGUCAAAAUUAUUAAAAGUUUUAUUCGUGGACCAAAA